AUGGACCAACUCGUCCAGCUAAUUACAUCCUCAGUAGAAACCUUCAAGGCGGAGUACCAGAAAAGAGGAUACAACGGCCCGAGCCUUGAGGACACUAGCCCGCACACCGCUGACGCUAUACCACCAUCCAUCGAGCUGAAGCAUGCCAGCCAAGUUAUAGAAGGUGCAUGCGCUCAGCUGUGCGCAAUCGUUAAUCCUCCGCAACACACCAUAUGCAACCACCUCGAAAUAGCUUGCUUCCGAGUUGUCGUGGAGGCCAAAGUGGCAGAUCACCUCAAGGACUCUCCAGAUGGCUUGUCGGUAGCCGACCUGUCUUUGAAAACCGGCAUUGAAGCCGGUAAACUCGGCCGUAUCAUGCGUCUUCUAGCGACCAAGCAUUUUAACGACCUAUUCUCAUCAGUCCAGGAUGGGGUCUUUACCAAUAAUCGACUGAGCGCCACGCUCGUGUCCGACAGUUCUAUGCAUGCACUGAUGGGCCAUUUCACUGAUGAAGCAGCCCGUGCUGGCCUGCUGCUAUCGAAGACGCUCACAGACCCUGAAUGGAGUCCUUCCUAUGCCCAUAACAAGACUUGCUUCAACCGUCUCACCGGAUACGACGGCCCACUAUGGACCUACCUCAAUGACGUCGAUGCAGCUAUGGGAGAACGGCUAUCGACCGGUAUGAUCGGCUUGAGCAAAGGAAUAGGCGCCGGAGCUCUGCUCACAACAUACCCAUGGAAUGACUUGCCCGAGGACGCGUCCUUCUGUGAUGUGGGGGGCGGGGUAGGGUUCAUAUCUAUGCAGGUUGCCGGCGCGUUCCCGAACGUUCGCAUUGUUCUUCAUGAUCUGCCCCCGACGGUGAAGCAAGCUGAAUCCGUAUGGGCUGAGCAUUGUCCCGAAGUCGUCGCUCAAAAGCGCAUUGAGUUCGCCCCUAUUGACUUCUUCGUGAAUCCUGUUCAGAAAGGCUGCAAUGUCUACUACUUGAAGAACAUUCUCCAUGACUGGCCGGAUGACAAGAGCAAAGCCAUCAUCGAGAAUAUAAAGAACGGGAUGCAACCCUCCUCGCGACUCCUGAUUCAGGAGUACAUCAUCCAACACCUCCAGCAGCCGUCGGGUAAUGUCAAGAUGUCAGUGGCGCCGAGUCCCCUCCUCCCUAAUUUUGGAGAAGGAAAGAUCCGCCAGCACUAUCUGGAUCUUGAGAUGCUCAUAAUGCACAACAGUCAGGAGCGUACUCUGGAAGAGUACGUUCGUCUUUGCGCUGCGUGCGGCUUGGACUUUGUCAAAGCGUAUGAUUGCGGGGAGACGGGAGUUCUAGAGUUCAAGCUUGCAUCAAACUGA